CAUGCUGACCUCACACCGUAAGUCGUCUUGUAGUGUCGCAAAACUGCUGUCCAUGUGAUGCUACAAGCUGCAGUCGGCUACUUGGGAAGCUGGUGUGUGCGUGUGAAGGUGCAGGGUAGACUUUAGUGUUAUAGCAGACUAAACCCAGUGUACCAAACAUGGAGGGAUCCGACGAGUACAUGAAGUACCGUUCACCGCUGGUGUCCAGAUAUGCUAGCAAGGAAAUGGCCUACAACUUCAGUGACAGGAAGAAAUUCACCACCUGGAGGAAGCUGUGGAUAUACCUGGCCAAGGCUGAGAAGGCUUUGGGUCUGCCCAUCACCGAUGCCCAGAUUGUGGAGAUGGAGAGCCACGAAAAGGACAUCGACUUUGCCAUGGCGGCCGAGGAGGAGCGAAAACUCAGACACGACGUCAUGGCUCACGUUCACACCUUCGCCCACUGCUGCCCCGCCGCCGCUCCCAUCAUCCACCUGGGUGCCACCUCCUGCUACGUGGGCGACAACACUGAUCUGAUUAUGCUGCGUGACGGAUUUGACAUUCUCUUGCCCAAGCUGGCCCGAGUCAUUGACAGACUGUCAAACUUUGCAGAGAAAUACGCUGAUCUCCCCACGCUCGGCUUCACACACUACCAGCCGGCCCAGUUGACCACAGUGGGGAAGCGAGCGUGUCUCUGGCUGCAGGACUUGGCGAUGGACAUGAGGAACCUGCAGAGAGCUCGGGAUGAUCUGCGCUUCAGAGGAGUCAAGGGGACCACCGGCACCCAGGCCAGCUUCCUGCAGCUCUUUCAGGGGGAACAUGACAAGGUGGAAGAUCUUGACAGGAUGGUGACGGAGAUGGCUGGCUUCAAAAAAGCCUACCUGGUGACCGGACAGACGUACAGCCGUAAGGUGGACGUGGACUGUCUGUCCAGCCUGGCCAGUAUGGGAGCCACUGUCCACAAGAUCUGCACAGACAUCCGCCUGCUCGCCAACCUGAAGGAGAUCGAGGAGCCGUUUGAGAAAGAGCAGAUUGGGUCCAGUGCCAUGCCCUACAAGAGGAACCCGAUGCGUGCGGAGCGUUGCUGCAGCCUCGCCCGACACCUGGUGGCGCUGCUGUCCGACCCGCUGCAGACGGCGUCCGUGCAGUGGCUGGAGAGGACGCUGGACGACAGCGCCAACAGGAGGAUCUCCCUGCCCGAGUCCUUCCUGACGGCCGACAUCAUCCUCAGCACUCUGCAGAACAUCACAGAGGGGCUGGUGGUUUACCCCAAAGUCAUCGAGAGACACAUCCGCCACGAGCUGCCCUUCAUGGCGACAGAGAACAUCAUCAUGGCCAUGGUGAAGGCCGGAGGAAACAGACAGGACUGCCACGAGAAGAUCCGGGUUCUGUCCCAGGAGGCAGCAGCUGUGGUCAAACAGGAGGGGGGGGACAACGACCUGCUGGCCAGAGUCCAGAGGGACCCUUACUUUGCCCCCAUCCUCGGGCACCUGGACUCCAUCCUGGACCCCAAGACCUUCAUCGGCCGCGCCCCCCAGCAGGUCACCAGGUUCCUGUCUGAAGAAGUGCGCCCCCUGCUGGAGCCCUUUAUGGCUAAAAUGGACGUCAAAAUUGAGCUUGAGCUCUGAUGCGCGCACACACACACACACACACACACACACACACACACACACACACACACACACACACACACACACACACACACACACACACACACACACACACACACACACACACGCACAAACCAAAAGACAAGUCAUCCUCGUGGUGAAUGCUGAACCUCAAAUAAAAAACUCUUUGAAAGAA